AAUAGAAGGAAAUGUUGAAUAUGUUCUAAAGUUAUGUAUAAAAGAAACGGGCCAAAAAUGUUUUAAAUUUUGAAACUGCUGCAUUCAACGGCGCGAAAUUUAUACUAUUUCUCCUCUCCCUCCGCGUGCCAUGUCUUUUACAGCGCAAACGCACGAUGUAUUUCAGCGAGAUUAUUUCUAUAGGUGAAAAUCGUUUGUGCAAUAGAAAAUAUUUUUCCGCAAAAACUUCGAGUUCUUAAAUGAAAACUGGAUAUGUCUGGACGUUGCAUUAUAGAUUAUACAGCGUCCCAGCAGUCUGAAGACAAUUCCAAGAUGAAAUUCGGUAAUAACACUCAGUAUGUUAUCGAACAAAGUUCUGAAGAUCUAGUUGUGUCUAAAUGUGAGGCAGGACUUAGCUUUUUAGAGGAAACAGCCAAUGUAACCAACAAUUCAGUGCCAGUCAAGACACUUGUCUAUAUAAAGAAUAGUAAAGCAAAAACAAUUGCUGUGAAUGCUAGCAACAAAUUGAACAAUAACUUCAUAAUUUCGCCUGUUUCUACUGCAAAUGUCUUGAAUAAGUCGACAUCUUCCGCUAAUGCGACCCCCUUAAAUUCAUCGCAAAACGUAAUUAUCGCUGGAAGAAGCAUGCCAGUUGUGGUACCAAAACAACCAAUUACUAUUGUACCGCAAGGUACGAAAGUAACUGGUACAUAUGUAACGCUCAAGCAAUUGCCCAAGGCAUCUGCUGAAAUACAGUCAAGAACAGAAUCACUAAUCAAUGAAUCUCCAGCGGACGGUGCUAACAUGGUUUCGAAGAUAAUUUUAACAGGUCCGAUAUCAAAAAUUCAGUCGAGCAAUGUAAUCACGCCCAUGCCAACAUUACAAACUACAAACGGGAUUCCUGUUACAGCUACAACCAACUCUUUGCAGGCCGGAAAGUUCACUCUAUUGCCAAUGACUGUCCCUCAAAAAGAUGCUAUUACUGAUUCUAAUCAUAAGUUGUUUAACUUUAAAAUUUCUGAUGGGAAAAUAAUUUCUAACAUUCCGACACCUCUUACUAUCAUGUGCGAUACGACGAAAUCUCAACCAGAUUCAACUAACACUAUCUCAGAAAUCAAUCAGAAGCCUCAGGAGUCUAUUGAAAGAAAUGACAUCAAGAACAAGACAUACGAACUGUCCAUAGCAGAGGAAUCUCUUAGUAAUCAGAGCGACAGUAAGCUAGUUGUAUCGUCAACUGAUAACAGCAGUUCAUCUAUGGAGAGUAAUGUAGUUGCAAAACCUCAUGUUUCCAAAUUUGCACAUGGUAUUUCAAUUUUGAAAAAGAAUUUCUCUAAUAACAUCAUGCAAGACUCAAAUCUGGUCAUCACCUCUCGCAGAAUUUCCAUUGAAAAUGAUACUGUAAUUACAAAGCCUAGAAGCGGAACAGAAGAUCAAGUGACCGUGCUACAGGUAACAGCUAAGAAACCAGAACGUGAGAAAAACCGACGCAAAUCGCAAUUCAACUUUAGAAAAGAUUUUGAUGAAAUGGACAUGGUCUUUCCAGAUUCCAAAUCUCCAGAACCUAUUCAGGUACCUAUAGAGAGUGAAGCGAUAAAAGAAGAAAAAUUGGAUAUACCUGAGCCAAAAUGUGAAGAUUCUGUUAUUGCUGAAGAUGCUAGUGCUUCUGAGGUUGAUUAUGCAUGCGGUUUAAGUUUAGCAGAUGUGUUUUCAAAACUACAUAGUUCAAUGUCAUGGCAAGACAAUAUAGGUCUGCUUCCUCAUAGUACACUAAAAUUUAUUAUAAAUGAAUUUGGAAUACUGGAGUUUCUGACGGACGACGCUUAUCAAAAAAUUUUGGACCGGAAGGAGCGCAAAAAUAAAGAAAAGGAAGACAUGGAGCGCGAAAUUAAAUGUGUUGCUUGUGGCUGCUAUGGUUUCCGAGUGGACUUUAUUAAUGCAAAUUUUUGCAGUUUCGAUUGCCAAGAGAAUAGACAGUCUGGUAGCUUUAAAGAAAACCAAGAAUCAUGUGCUGUUUUAAAAGGACACAAACGCAAACUGAUGAAAAAUCACAUUAAAGAAUCUAAUGGAGCCAGUGGGGAAGAUGAAACUUCCAAUGAAACUACUUCUCAGGACAGACCUUCAUAUCCAUGGGCGUGUAAAAAGAAGGGAUUUUCUUGGUCCAAGUAUCUGAUGCAUAUGAAUGCUAAAGCGGCCCCUGUGAAGCUCUUCAAGGAUCCGUUUCCUUACACCCGAAACUCUUUCAAACCUGGCUUGAAAUUAGAAGGCGUUGAUCCUCAACAUCCGUCAUAUUUUUGUGUAAUGACCGUUGUUGAAGUAAGCGGAUACCGAAUUCGGCUUCAUUUUGAUGGAUACCCGAAUACCUAUGAUUUCUGGACAUAUGCUGAUAGUAUGGAUAUAUUUCCUAUAGGUUGGUGCGAAAAAUAUGGUCACGUCUUGCACCCUCCACCAGGAUAUACUGAAGAAACUUUUAACUGGGUGCAAUACUUGAAGUUUACCAGAAGCGCAGCAGUACCUAAGCAUUUAUUCGUAAAUCGAGCAGGACAAGCAAUAUGCCCAAAUGGCUUUCGUAUUGGCAUGAAGCUAGAAGCUGUGGACAAAAAGAAUAGUUCGUUAAUAUGCGUUGCUAGCAUUAGAGAUAUGAUGGAUAAUCGGAUUUUGAUUCAUUUCGAUGGUUGGGAUGAUAUUUACGACUAUUGGGCAGAUCCUACAUCGCCUUAUAUUCAUCCAGUAGGAUGGUGCGAUCAGUAUGGGCAUGAUUUAACUGCACCCAGUGAUUAUCCUACCCCAGAAACGUUUACGUGGGAAAAAUACUUAAAAGAGACAAAAUCAGUAGCUGCUCCAGUGCGAGCGUUUAAACAAAGACCUGUAUGCGGUUUCAAGCGAGGAAUGCGAUUAGAGUGUGUAGACAAAAGGGUGCCACAUCUUAUUAGAGCCGCUACAGUAGAUGAUGUAAGAGAACAUCAAAUCAGGAUUCAAUUUGACGGAUGGCCUGAUAGAUAUAGUUAUUGGCUAGAUGAUGAUAGUUCUGAUAUCCAUCCAGUUGGUUGGUGUCAAAAAACCGGACAUCCAAUUGAGCCACCCCUAACUCCAGAUGAUGUUUAUGACUUCCUCGAAUGUCCUACUGUUGGCUGUAGAGGGCAAGGUCAUAUUAAUGGAACAAGUACGACACAUUCGUCACAGAAACAUUGCCCUUAUGCCGAAGUGAACAUUGAUAGAGAAAAAGUACUGAACGAUAGAUUAUUGUCUCCAGACAGAAGUCCGGAAGCUAAGGAACCGAUUUCGAGACAACCAAAGGACUGCCAAUUGCUUUCCAAAGAAAAUAAUCCAGUCGGUUCAAAUUCGAACUUGAAGACAACCGAGGUGGAGGUCCAUGUACAACGUGAAUCCAAAUUGGGAGUCGCUAAUUUAUCCGGACGAGAGCCAAAUCAGACUUCCUCUGUGAUAAAACGAAAAUCGAGAGUUGGUAGGCCGCCCAAGGGAACUAGACAGCUGGAGACUACUGAGGAAGAAACUCGCGAUGAAUCGGAAGAGAAGCGAUUUAAAAAUAGUUACCCUAAAGAAACCAAGACGAACAAUUACGAGCCACAUUUUGCCGAUUCCUUACAAGAAGAAAAGGCUCGUUCGUUUAUUACUGCGAUGAGAAUAAUACCAGCCGAAAGUGAAUCCUGGAGGAAACAUUCAUGCUUCUUAAACGACUUCAUAAACAGCAAGGAAAGUCCUUUAAAUUGGUCUGUCCAUAAGGUGGUUGAGUUUAUUAAUUCAAUUCCCGGCUGUGACGUAAAUAAGGAAUUAUUUAGUAAACAUGAAAUCGACGGUGAAGCUUUUCUUCAUUUAAGUCAAUCGGAUAUUCUGAAUAAUUUUCAGUUUAAGGUAGGGCCAGCAAUUAAAUUGUAUAAUUGCAUAAUACUUCUGAGAGAACAGUAUUGUGAUAAAAAAACUCACAACUAACAACUAGUAAUUGUGAAACUCGCUGAUCAAUUUCGGAACAAGGGAGUGAAAUAGUGGCUUUUCAAGAAACAUUUCUGCCAAUAGUUUGGGCGUGUUUAAUUCGUUAGUAAGAACUUUUCCACUAAGUAACCAAACUCAUUAAAACAUUUUUUGAGAAGCUGCUUGCACCAACCGGAGUUUUGUGAUAACUAGACAUAGGCUAUUUUUACAAGGUAUUUUUUAUGAAAUUGUGAAAAUUCAAUACGUUAGUAAAUUUAAUGAACUGGAAAAUGUUUCUAAUUUAUAAGUUUGCAGUAUUUUAGGUAUGAUCUAAUAAUUCUAUUUUAAGUGUGUUUAUAGUCGACUUUAUUCAACUUCUUUAUAAAUCUGUAUUAACAUUUCUUUAUUUUAUAUACAUAUAUGAUUGCUAUUUAAUUUAACUCCUCGUCGGUUAUAACUUACUUGCGUAUAUAAUUAAAAUAUCGGUAUAUAGUCUCUGCUAACGACAAUGUAAUAGUUUGAAAAAUAUUUGAUACCCAAAAAACGGGAAAAUACAUCAUUAGACAACUUGAA